UUUAUGUAAUGGCAACUCUUACAAAACCUUGUGUCAGCUGUCAUCGCGGGAAUUGAUUGAAUCGUUGAAUUAUUUACAGACAGACUACUUAUAUUUUAUUGAAACACAAAUUUCGUUCCAGGAAAUGUGUAAAAAAAAUUGAACGUAUUUGUUAAUUUUUAUUUAAAAUUAAAUUAAUUUGUAAUAUUUAACGAUGUUUGAGUGGGCCUAUAGUGGUGCUAACAGAGCCGUUCCCCGAAAUGUGGGGCCCGAGUGCGCAUAUUUUUUAUCGUAUAAUAGGCAAAUAAUUGAAACAAUUAUAAUAACUGCAUUGUGCUCAUACAUUUUAGUAAAAACUUAUCCAAAACUGGUUUUACCACAAGAUGAAACUUAUAUUAAAAGUGACCGGGGAGGCAAGAGAUUGCUUGUCAUACUUUUGGCCUUACUAUGGGGAAUGGAGAUUGGAUUUAAAUUUGCAUCUCGCACUGUAAUAUAUUUAUUGAAUCCAUGUCAUGUUACAACAUUAAUGCAAAUAUACUUGUUGGCUGCACCACCCAGCAGAACAGUGACUGCAGUCUUUCGCAUACACUUAAACUUGUUAAAUGGGCCUCUGUUAGCUUUUUUAUUUCCUGAAACAGCAUCCCGACAGAUCCCCGCAGAGGCUGCUCUAUACUGGAUACAACAUGGCAUGAUGUGUGUGAUACCAUACUAUCUAUUAAGAAUUGGAGGUGUGUACAAUGUAGAGCCACUUGGUGAUUUCAAUUGGGCAAUUGUUAGUUACUGCCUUAAUAUGUUGUAUCACUUCAUAAUUCUACAAGCUAUAGCAAUACCGGCUCAAGUGAACCUGAACCACAUGAUCUGCCCGGCGCUCUUGGACCCGUUCGAGGGGCCGUGGUACCGCGUGGCCGCCGUGCUUCACCAGGCCGUGCUCUGCCCCCUCCUCUGCAAGGCCUACUGCCUCGUCGCUGACUUCUGCCUCACCAAGUUCCCGCCCACGAAGGUCAAACAACAACUCAAAGAAUUACUACAGGACAAAAAGACAGACGACAAAAAAGACUUGUAGGUGCGUGUCAAAUUAUUUUUGUGGCGUUCUUAAGAAAUAGGUACCACGUUGUCGGUUUUCGAUAAAGACAAUUUCUAACCACUGCAAUCAUGUCAUAAUUCUUUAGUAAAAAUGCGCGUAAAAAAUUACAAUUGUAAUUUUCAAGUGAAAAUUCACACAAUGUCAUGACAUGCACAUGACAUGUGCAU